AUGGAUCCCCCACUCGUCCUUGGCCCGGCCCCAGUGGCCACAUUCCAUCAUAUUCCCUAUGAACAACGAUGGGAGCCCCUCAAGGACAUCAUUGUCAAAGCCUUUUUGGGGGACGAUACAAGCCGACCCCUCACGUUUCCAAAGCUUUCCGAGUUUAUGACGAAGCACCACGGCUUCAAGGCGUUGCCUGCUCAAUACCGAUAUCGCCUCAGUCAAUGGGGCAUCCGAAAGAAUACAAAGAAAGAUGAAAAGACAGCUUUGAUCACCGCUAUUGGGAAGCGCAAUCGUCCCGGGAGUCGUAUAUCCGAUGUGGAGAUUCGACAAGGGGAGUUGAUGAGGCCUGUGGACAGCAAACAGGUGAAACGAUUCAUCAACGACACUAUUCGCCACUACCCUACUCCGCCAAUGACUCCUGGCAUGUUGUCGCAAUGGAAUCUUCCGUACGCAGCGUACCGAGCCUCUCUCACGAGGCAAGACGAUCAAGCUUCUCCUUUCAGCCACAACCCACCUACCCCGCAGUAUCUCCAUGUCAACAGCCCCGAGGCAUCUGCUGGCCAAACUUCAGACAUGACUCCUACUUCUGCUUUGAUUCGGAGGAAGACGUUGCUGGACCGGGCUAGCCUCCUCCUACAGGGCCGCAGAGAAGAGUUGUUGAGUGGAUGCAACGUCGAUGACAGAAGAACAAUCUCUGACUGGCUCCAUGACUACUGGAUGCACUCCUUCGUGACGGCCAAAUUCUGGGGGGUUGGUCCUCAAGAAUGGACGGCCAGGCUGAUCUCAGAGGUCACCCUUGGCUCGGCCGCAACUGGAACACCUCAAACCCUUCAAUCGCCUCUCGCGUGGGCCUCGGCACCCUCUCCGCGAGAGCUACUCCUGACCGAAGCUCCACAACCAACAAAUCUAUGUCAUUGGGUCAUCCAUUCUGUAGACGGCGUGGUUUACGAGGACGCAGAAUCUCCACCACGAGAAGAGCAAGCUAGAUUUGAUCUAGACGACCAAUCAUCUUGGACUGAGUGGCCGGUUUCUGCUGGGGACCGAUCCUACCAGAGCUCCAUGCAAGAAGCCUUCACCCACAACCGAUUCAGCACCAUUGCGCCGGACGAUGUACCAAUCGCCAAUGAGGUCGUUUCAGAGAUCAUUUCGAAAUCGCCCACGCAGUUGAAAUUGGACUCGUGGGCAUUUGCCAUUAUGGCUGGCAACCUGGAACUCAUCUCCAAGCUUCUCAUUGACCUGCGUCAUUCAUUUAGUCCUGCCGUAUGUCACAGCAUGAUGGCAAUAUUCCUUCCACCAUCGAGGCCGAAUAUCAACGCGUUCAGCGGCCUCUUUCGCCGACGAUGUACCAACUGCGGGCUCGAGAUGAAGCUGGGCCCGCUACAUACACUUGUAGUCGUUGCGUUCCAUUUGGCGGAGAAUGGCAAGAGCGGCGAAACAUUGUUUGGGGCACUGGCUUGUCUCGUUUGUCUCCUGGUACUUGGAGCUGACGCGUCUCAAGCAGCGGACCUGUCGGUACUUGCUAUUUUCUCGUCUCCGGAUGAGGAAGAAUGUCGCCAUAGACGCGUGACUGCCAUGGAGUUGGCGGAGCAAGUUCCAGAAGAAUUCAGUGAUGGGUGGAAGCCUUCUUGCAAGCUUGGCUGGAGAUGCCUGUUGUUGAUUCUGCGUCACGCAACGACAUCCCCACAACAAGAAAAACCCUUCGUGAAGUUUAGCAACAGAACCAACCUAUGCUGUUUCCCUUUCGAUGACACGAAAAGCGACGAAUGGGAUGACCUGUGUCCGAUGUUUGAAGAGCACGAAUCUGUCAAACUACCACGCGUCAACCGGAAUCUGGGGGACCUCUGGGCGACGAUACAGACAGAGAUUUUAACAUACCGAAAGAUCACUUCUAUUGAUCCAAGCAUCUCAGACCACUUCCAGUUAUCUUCUCUUUUGAGGUGGUUGGAGCAGGAGACUGAAAGCUUCGAAACCCCCUUGCUCACGGACGGCAUGAUUAAUACUCACACGCCAUGUGGAUGGUUUGGAGCAGACGACACGCUCAUCACGGUCGUGGCAGGCGACAUGUGUUCAAGAUAUUUCAUGAAUCUGGAUAUCUGGUCACGGGCCUCAUUCGUUGACGUCAUGGUUCCCAUUGGGUACUCAUGA